AUGCCGGCGUCGGAGGAGGAGGAGGAUGAUGGGCUGCCGCUGUGGCAGUCGGUGCUGCUGUUCUGCUGCAAGGGCAUGAUCGAGGGCAUCAUCGUCAUCCUCUUCUUCUGGCUGCUCAUACAGGUGCUCUUCACCAAGGAGCUCGAAAUUCACCUGCAGGUUCUGCUGGGGGCGGGGCUUACAGUGUUCUGCCUGUCGCUGCUGCUUGGCUGCUUCCUGUGCUUGUGGCGGAUGAGGUCACUUCCUCCCGAGAGCAAACAAGAUCCUCCCAUUCGCCCAACCGAUCGUGUGACUCCAGCAGCAGCAGCAGCAGCAGUAGCGGCACCCGGCGCAGUCACAGCCCCGGCUCCGGCCCACACGUCCUCCGCCAGUGGGCCACACAUGAGGGUCCUCUGCGAGCAACCUGAGGAGGAGGAGGAGGAGGAGGAAGAGGAGACGGACUACCCUUCUGCCUUCGCUAGCUCCACGGCAUCUGCUGACAACUUCUGUGUGUUGCCAAUGGAGACGCUCCGGCGGCCCUCCACCCCUGUGCUGCUGGUGGAGGGAGAGGGGGAGGGGAAGGGGGACGGGCAGCCCCCGGAACCCCCGUCGUCUUUGCCGUAUGUGCGCCGCCUCAGCUCCCCGACGCUCCUCUCCGUGCCCCCGCUGGAGCGCCCGCGCGCCUCCCUCCCCACGCUCCCCCGCCUGGGCCUGCUGUGGCGUACGCGGUUGGCCCUGGAGCGCCGGUGCACCAUCACGGGAGGCCUCUUCCGCGAUGGCGAGCGCAGUCGCCUCAUCGACCCCUCCUCGGCGGCCACCUCGCCCGUCUCUGGCCCCGCCGCCGCUUCCCGUACGCGCGGAGGAGGACGACGAGGCGCUCUGAGUCGCUUCCGUACCGAGUCCUUCCUCCCCUGCUAUGGCUCCUCCUCCUCCUCUACGUUUAACCACGCCCCCUCGUCCGUCGGCCACGCCUCCACCCUGCCGUCACUGCGCGCGCCCUCGCUGCACUUCACGCUCUGCUUCUCCCCUGCGCAUCACACGCUCACCAUCUCCCUCAUCAGCCUCAGUGGCGCUUCCCACAGGCUGGGCACAGGUGGCGCGCUGCUGGUGCUGGCCCGCUUGCCCCCGGUGCAGCCUGGCCCGGCCGAGGUGCUGGUGACCCGGCACCGCGGUGGCCUGAGCCCCAAGCUGCACGGGCCGGGCCUGGUGCUGUGUCCCGUGUCCUCCCUGGAGGAGCUGCGGGGGUGCACGCUGCAGCUGGCUGUCUUCUCCCAGGACCUGUCUGGCCACCAGGGGGCACGCUCACCGCUGGGCCAGGUGGAGCUGAGCUGUGGGGAGAUGGCCUGGGAGCCGGAGGUGGCCCUCGCCUGCAGGAGGAGGCUCAGGGUACCAGGAGGAGGAAGAGGAGGAGGAGGAGCGAGGGCUCACAGGGGAGGGACUUCCCAUGAUGCCGCUGAGCUGGUAGGACAGGCUCCGCCCAUUGUCCAGCUCUCGGCCCCGCCUCCACCUCAGCUCUUCAUCCUCCUGCAGUACCAGACCCUGGCCCACCGCAUCAAGGUCAUGGUUCUAAAGGCGGAGAACCUCGCUGGCACAGGAAUGCAAGAGCACCAUGUGGUCAUCAACCUGAGGCUGGAUGGGCUGGUGAUUUCCUCUCGGUCCACAGGUGACGUUGCAGGCCAAGACUCAGCGUGGAACUCCCCUUUCCUCUUCGACCUGCCGCCUGGAGAUGUCACACAUCUGCCACUACGCCUCGAGUUUCUGCUCAUCAAGGGUCACAUAUAUUCAACAAGCAAUGUGGUGGGACGCACAGUGAUUGGCCAAGAGGCUGAGGAGAAUGGCCAAGCCCACUGGAAUGACAUGUGCAGCAGAAGCCAAGUGGAAGUUGCCCGGUGGCAUAUUGUCCAAUCAGAGGCUUUGUAGGAUGAUGAUAUCCUCCUGGCAGCCUGCCAAUCAGAUGCACUAGGAUGUUUACCAGAUGGCCUAUGGGAUAUAGUAUUCCGGCAGUCCAUAAACUGUACAAUGCAGAGGGUCAGGAUUUGACUGGUUGGCUUGAUCUGAUUUAUGCAAGGAGCUUUCUCAUCGCCAUUAUCCUGAAAUUGCAUAAUAUCUGGUGGGGUUUCUGGCUGAUGACUGGUGGCUGGGUGCUCAACUGGACACAAGAUGCAUGUUAAAUCCAUGUCUGA